ACAGCUGUUUUGAUCGAGGCUGCCAGGAAGCGCAUACCCUGUAGCCAAUCAGACGCCCGAGAUUUCAGCUCACAGUUUAUCGCGAGAACUCUGCCCUUCCUUUUCCCUUUUCGUACUGAGUCCAAGAUGGGAGUCGACAUCAGGCACAACAAGGACCGUAAGGUUCACAGGAAAGAACCUAAGAGCGAGGAUAUCUACCUCAGGCUCCUGGUCAAGUUGUACCGGUUCCUGGCCCGUCGCUCUAGUGCUCCCUUCAACAAGGUUGUCCUGAGGAGACUGUUCAUGAGCAGGACCAACAGGCCUCCCAUCUCCGUCUCCCGCCUGAUCCGUAAGAUGAAGCUUGCAGGCAGAGAGAACAAAAUUGCUGUUGUCGUGGGAACAGUCACUGAUGAUGUGAGGAUUCAGGAGAUCCCCAAGCUCAAGAUCUGCGCUCUGAGGGUUACUGACGGUGCCCGCCGCAGGAUCCUGAAGGCAGGAGGCCAGGUGAUGACCUUUGACCAGCUGGCUUUGGCUACUCCCAAAGGACAUGGCACAGUGCUGCUGUCAGGACCCCGCAAGGGAAGAGAGGUGUACAGGCACUUUGGAAAAGCCCCUGGAACUCCUCACAGCCACACCAAGCCCUAUGUCCGCUCCAAGGGCAGGAAGUUCGAGAGAGCUCGUGGUCGCAGAGCCAGCCGUGGCUACAAGAACUAGUCUGUUUUGUUGUUCCAUGCAAUCUGACACAAAUAAAAGAUUUGGCUGUACAAAAAA